AUGAUGCAAGACUAUGUUUUUACUCGCCAGGAAAUGCGGAUAGCCCGUGAACGUAGGAUCAAAUAUCAAGGCCCAGCGAGAGUCAACAUUGCACAAAUACAAACGAUUCCCCCUUUACCUCAGGGUCUGAAUCCAGAAGGCCUUGAGCGACUUCGCGCUAUCUUUCGGAAAGAUGGCUGCCGGCGUAUGGAACUAAACAACUUUGUUCCCGUUGUCGUUUCGCAAAAUGCUUUGCAUAGAGCGAUGUCAAAGGCAAACAUCUCACCUCAAAAUCUUCUGAAUCCUGGGGAUUAUACUCCUCUACUAGAAUUCGAGAGUACAGAGGUUAUAGCGCUACAUGGUCGCCAUCGCUUACAAGUUGGUUCUGAGAUUCUCGCUCCACUUGAGCGAUGGUGGACGGUGGAUAUUUAUCUUGAUGUAGAUAUUGGAGCGGAUCUUAAGAAUUCUCUUCUUGAAGAGUACUCGAAUGAGAACACACCAACUGACGGCCAAAUAUAUUGGAGAGUCCGUCAGUACGAGACUGAGCAAGACGAGAGUUCUCGCCAAAGAUGGUUUGUACGACUGUCGAAGAACAAGCAGAUACGAUUAGAUCAGCUUGAUAACAACCGAAAUCGACAAUUGCGAGAAGGUUUCAACCGGUUGCUCCAUAUCCGAGGAUUGUGGCUGAAUGGUUUGCGGAUCAGUAUGCUCCACCGGGUAAUUGCUGCCACUGCUAUUGAAGAAGUUUUGAACUACUUGGCCUAUAUAUACGAUACAUACCUAUACUUCGUUGAUGGAGAUCAAAAUUCGUUAAAGCGUAUCGGAUCAGAUACUGUGAACUUAAUACAUCUGAAGGCCCCAGGAAGUUCUGAGAAAGAUUCAAUUGAUGUACGUGGAAUGGUGUUGGGCGGGAAGGCAUUUGGAGAAUUUACUGAGCUGGAGAGGAUAGCAAUAUGGGACCGCUUGAGCCGAUUUAAAGGUUUAAUCCCGUCACUGUACUCCUUUUUCGAAGACUUCAAAUAUCUCGAAGCAUGUUCGCAUUGCGUGAGACAGAUGAUCGGCGUGCCCUUAAGCUCGAUCAAAAACACAAUGAAGCACAGCUUCACACCUGGGCCCGCGAGCGAAAAAUCCUUUCCGAUCCAGGUAUCAGAAAGAUCGUUUUCUUAUUUGAAUUUCACUCAGGAGCAAUGUUUUGACUUAGCCUAUCGGCAAGUGUGGCUCUUUGCUAUGCGAAACUAUCCUCUGAUGCCACGGGUUGCGGAGGUUAAUGACAAGCUUCUAGCAAAACCUGGGUUGAUCAAAGCAGACGCCCAAGUCUUGUAUGACAUGGCCAAGCUUUCCCAUUGCCUCGGAUUCCGAUCUAUUGAGAUUGAGAAAGCUUUGGCCAAAUCGCCAGAUCGACAGAUUGCGCUCUCUGCUCUUUUGCAAGCUCGAAAGCCCACCCAGUUCCAAUAUCCAGACUCUCAGCUAGAGUCCCUAGUAACUCGAGUGGUAGAAUGUUUUGCCUUUGCCUUUGAGAAUCCAGGCGAGCCACCAAUCAUACUAGCUGAUAGCUUGGUUGAGGCCCGGGCUCGGUGUGGGAUGCCACAGCUCAGAACAUUUAGCCAGGACAAGGACCAUCUUUUUCUACCGGAAAUGCACUGCAUACAGACUCCAUCAUCAAAUAUCACGACGCUAUUUGUGCGUCAGUAUGUAUACAUUGCUUUUUUUGGAAACCUUGAUGAAAGCAUAUUCACAAAUCGGGGCCCCAACGCCUCCCAGGACGGGGAAGCACGGGACACUGCCCAAACAAGCACAGGCACACCUCCUUUACGAAGCCGCGCACACCAAUCUAUAGACAUGGAGAUACCAGAAUCGGCUGAUAGGCAAGCUGAGUCGAACGACCUCAGACUUGCCGACGAUGACACCACAAUGCGCGGUACAGCUGAAGACUUCCAUGAGACCGAAGCCGAAGUCCCAAUAAGGGCUUACUCGCCUUCAAUCUACUCGUCCCGACUCUCUGAGUUAUCGGAGCCAUCGACCAUUGUUCGAAUGAAUUAUUCAGCAUCAAUUCCAGACGAGGCUGGUGACAUACAGAACAGUUCUCCGGCAAUGAACGAAGCCAAUCAUUUAGAGGUUCAGAGCCGUCCGUCAUGGACAAUCGAGGACGAUCUCAGUCAGCCUCCAAGUGAUGCUGUAACAGCAAUCGUACCCUACUCAGAACAAGAUGUUGACAAUUUCCGAGAGCGGCGAAGGGGGAGAACAAGAGAAGUGCGAUCAGAGGAACGACCGGGGCAGCGAAAAGAAGAACAAGAUAAGCCACCUGUUGAUAUGGGGAUGACUGUCGGAUUUUUGCGCUGGGAAAAAAACGAGUGGAUCUUGGAUUAUGAAAUGCGAAACGUCACUGAGGAGAAUUCCGCCGAAGUUAAAGAAAAAGCCGGGGAAUAUCGAGUUAAAGGGUUUAUGCUGUUCGAUACACACCUUAAGAGUAUAACCGCUUCCCGUUGCUACCAAACAGCAAAGCAAGCCCUUUGCCAUCACAUACUUCUUGUCUUCGCCAAGGACUAUGCAAGGCUGAACAUCGGUGAUCGCAAAGUACUCAAGGAAAGCUAUCACACAGCUAAGUGGAACGUGCCA